UGGGGACUUUGUUCACUAAGUAUUUCGAUUUUUCCAUGUGCCUUGUUUUUCUUUUUGGAAAUAUAUGUUUGGGACGAGUAUAUCCUGCACGCCUGCCUUGCCUCCCUGCACUUUGGUCCCCCACCUUUUGACCACAACUCCACACGAUGCAAAGAUUCAACAGGAUGCGAUCGGGAAAAUGGCAGGGAAAAAACAUCCAUGGAGUGUCCAUACUUGAUGCGAGACCCUUGGAAAAGAAUUUUGUUCUGGCGUGGGAGGAGCCUCAUAACCCCAACGUGGAGGACAGCAAGGCCAUGGACCCCGGUCACAGCAAGUGGAGAGAAACUUUCCUGAACAACCUGAGAUUCUCGGGACUCCUGAUGGAGAAGAGGGAUGUGGUCCAGCCCAAGACCAGGAUCCGCUUCAUCCUCCUGAGCGCCCCCUGGAGUGUCCUCUGUUACUACGCUGAGGAAAUCAGUUUGCGUGUGCCACUGCAGGUGGUCACCACUUCGUACGUCAACUGGUCGGCCAGCACGCUUCAGUACCUGACGCUGCCCAACCCCCUCAUGCAGGACGUUCCCAAUCCACCACCUGAUUUCUACACCUGCCAGUUCAGGACCAACAAGCUUGAGAGGUUUCUGGGUAGCGAGGACAAAGACACAUUCUUCAAGACAACCCAAAGACACCAAGUACUCUACGAGAUCCUGGCUCGGACUUCUUACGGCUCAGUGUCCAAAGGCGAGGUGGGAAUCGACCGCCUGCUGAACGAGCACGUAUUCACGUCAGCGUACCCGCUUCACGAGGGUGGAUUCCAGCUGCCCAAAACCCCACCGCCUGUCGAGUCUCUGGGUCUCAGGCAAAUCCUGUAUGGAUACUGGGCUCAGUGGUCCUGCUGGGCUCGGUACCAACCUCUGGACCACAUCAGGGAGUACUUCGGAGAGAAGAUAGCGCUUUACUUUGCCUGGCUCGGGUUCUACACUGGCUGGUUGGUGCCAGCCUCAGUUGUUGGGACUUUGGUCUUCCUGGCGGGUUUUUGGCUGAUGACCACAGAUGUUCCAGCGAAGGAGUUGUGUAAUAGUGGAAGCAGCUUCAUGAUGUGUCCAAUCUGCAACAUCUGCUCUUACUGGAACUACUCCAGCAUCUGUGUCACCUUCAAGGCAGGGAUUCUUUUUGACAAUGGAGGGACGGUCUUCCUCAGCAUUUUCAUGUCCUUGUGGGCGGUCACGUUUUUGGAGUACUGGAAGAGAACAUGUUCAUCUUUGUCCCACCGCUGGGACUGCACCGAUUUCCAGGACAUAGAGGAGCGACCGCGACCCGAGUUCACGGCCAUGGCGCCAAUGACGAUGAGGAACCCUCUGACGGGCGCGGAGGAACCGUACUUCCCAGAGAAGAAGCGAUUCAACAGAGUGCUGACUGGCUGCAUGAUGAUCAUCAUCAUGGUGGUGGUGGUCCUGAUGUUCCUCAUUGCCAUCAUCCUGUAUCGCUCCAUCCUGAGCAUUGUCAUCUCCAAGUCCAACUUCAGCUUCUUCAUCUUCUCCGCUGCCAGGAUUGCGAGUCUGACGGGAUCCGUGUUGAACCUGCUGGUCAUCCUGAUUUUGUCCCGUGUUUACAUCUCCCUCGCCCACAUCCUCACAAGAUGGGAGAUGCAUCGCACUCAAACAAAAUACGAAGACAUGUUCAUCCUCAAAGUGUUCGUCUUCCAGUUUGUCAACUUCUACUCGUCUCCGGUGUACAUCGCCUUCUUCAAAGGCAGAUUCAUUGGCUACCCGGGAAAGUACUUCACGCUGUUUGGAGUGCGCAAUGAAGACUGCGGUGCGGGCGGCUGCCUCAUCGAGCUGGCCCAGGAGCUGCUGGUCAUCAUGGUGGGGAAACAACUGAUCAACAACAUCCAGGAGUUCGUCUGGCCGAAGUUGAGGGCGUGGUGGCGGAAGAGGAAGAGAAGAGGGAAGGCCAAGGAGCUGGAAGAACAGGAAGGAGUGGAGCAGGACAUAUGUCAGUGGGAGGUGGACUACCAGCUCCUGCUUUGCGAGGGGCUCUUCAGCGAGUACCUGGAGAUGGUCAUUCAGUUUGGUUUCAUCACCAUCUUUGUGGCGGCGUGUCCUUUGGCUCCUCUCUUCGCUCUCAUCAACAACUGGGUGGAAAUCCGCUUGGACGCGCAGAAGUUUGUCACGGAAUAUCGGCGACCGGUGGUGGAGCGGGCGCAGGACAUCGGCAUUUGGUUGGACGUCCUGCAGUUCAUCGCGUACACGGCCGUCCUCGGGAACGCCUUCCUCAUUGCCUUCACGUCAUCCUUCCUGCCUCGCCUGUACUACCGCUACACCCGAGACCCCGACCUCAACGGCUUCAUCAACUUCACCCUGGCGAUGUCGCCGCGCAACUACACCCUGGAACACAGGUUCACCUGCAGGUAUCGCGGCUUCAGGGAUGAAAACGGCGAAUAUCUGCCCGAAUAUUUUCACCUGCUCGCCAUACGACUCAGCUUCGUCAUCAUCUUUGAGCACGUGGUUUUCCUAAUCGGCCGCCUGAUCGACAUGAUGGUUCCGGACAUCCCCGAGGAGGUGGAGCUCAAGAUGAAGAGGGAGCACUACAUGGCCAAGGAGGCUCUGGCCGAGAACCAGGCUCUGGGGAGAACGAUGAUUCCCACGCACACAACCGAUUGGUCCGGUGAACCUCGGCAGCGCAAAUCGAGAUAUUCGCCGCCUCCAGACCCCGCGACGAAGAUCUCCGAACAAGCAGACGCGCCGCCGUGGGGCUGCUGAGGACCUUUUGAAGGACAUUUGGAACGUUUGGAUUCCUCCGCCAUCAGUGUUGCGCAAGACAACUUUUAUGACUGCGAUGACAAGAUCUCUCAUAGACGUGUGCUAAAAUGUGUUGUUGUUGACGCUUAUGAUUAUGCUAACUAUUGCUAGCAGGAAUUUGCACAGAAGGCUGAAAAUACGGAGGCAAACAUGUGAGUACUUGUAUAAACAAUAAGAUGCUAUAUU